CUGUUUGAACUUCCGGGUUUGAGUCCGGACACGUGUGUGUGUGUGUGUGUUUUGUAGGCAGAUAAACCUGAGCUUUUUAGGAAUAAACCAGUCUACAUUCGUGUAUUGGUACCAAUCCGCCAUGUUGGAGCAGCUCGGUCUCAUUGGCACCAUCACGGACGGGGAGAAGAGUCCCGAAGAAUCCGACACCGAGUCGGACCAGGAGGAUGAGCCGAUCGUUCUGAACAGGAAAAAGAAGUUUGGGAGUCAGAGUCGCGGGGCGAGAGACUUUAACACUGACUUUGUGUUUGGAGAGAGAGACGGGCUGGCCCAAAAUGACGAGUGGAUCAUGGCUGAUGUCAUGAAGCAGCUCAAGAAGAAGAAAACUCUCACGACUCUGGACCAAAAAAUUGAGAAAAUUCGAAAGAAGAGGAAAGCUGAGGAGAAAUCAUCCCAAAGUGAUGCAGCCGCAUCUUCUGCAGAAAAAACAGAAGACAAGGAUGAAGAGGAUGAGGGGGAAGAGAAAAUGGAAAUUAAGACAGAUGAUGAUGAAGAGGCGAAGGAGGAAGAAGAAGAUGAUGAUGAUGAAUUUAAUUCGGACGAUGAGCAGAUCUUGACCAAAGCCGACACGCUGAGAGACAAGAAACAACGGGGGAAGAAAAGGAAGGUGGAGGAGGAGGAGGAGGCUCAGUCAUUCCAUGAAGACGCUUCAGAGUUCGAUGACACGCUGACCUUUGACAACAUGAAUCUGUCCAGACCCAUCCUGAAGGCCAUCACAGUGUUGGGCUUCAAGCAGCCCACCCCCAUCCAGAAGGCCUGUGUCCCUGUUGGACUGUUGGGCCGAGACCUGUGCGCCUGCGCCGCUACCGGGACAGGAAAGACUGCGGCAUUUAUGUUGCCCGUGUUGGAGCGGUUGGUGUACAAGCCCAAGACGUCCCAAGUGACCCGGGUGUUGGUUCUGGUUCCUACCAGGGAGUUGGGCAUUCAGGUUCACUCUGUGGCCCGUCAGUUGGCCCAGUUCACCUCCAUCACCACCUGCUUAACCGUCGGUGGCUUGGACCUCAAGUCUCAGGAGGCGGCGUUGAGGGCGGGGCCAGACGUCCUUAUCGCCACGCCCGGCCGACUCAUCGAUCACCUUCACAACACACCCAGCUUUGAGCUGACCCACAUUGAGAUCCUUAUCUUGGACGAGGCAGACAGGAUGUUGGACGAGUACUUUGAAGAGCAGAUGAAGGAGAUCAUCAAGCUGUGUUCCUACAACAGACAGACAAUGUUGUUCUCUGCCACCAUGACCGAAGAGGUGAAGGACCUGGCAGCUGUCUCACUGAAGCAGCCCGUCAGGAUCUUUGUCAACAGCAACACUGACGUGGCUCCGUACCUGCGACAGGAGUUUGUUCGGAUCCGAGCAAACCGCGAGGGAGACCGAGAGGCGGUGGUGGCAGCUCUGCUGACGAGAACCUUCCAGGACCACGUGAUGGUCUUUACGCAGACCAGAAAGCAAGCGCACAGACUGCACAUACUGCUGGGUCUCAUGGGGCUCAAGGUCGGGGAACUGCACGGAGAACUGAGCCAGAACCAAAGACUGGAGAACCUCAGGCGCUUUAAAGACGACCAGAUCGACAUCCUGGUGGCCACUGACGUAGCUGCAAGAGGUCUGGACAUAAACGGAGUGAAAACGGUGAUCAACUUCACCAUGCCGUCCACCGUGAAGCACUAUGUGCACCGAGUGGGUCGGACGGCCAGAGCCGGUCGCUCAGGUCGCUCUGUGUCGCUGGUGGGAGAGUCGGAGAGGAAGACGCUGAAGGAAGUGGUCAAGUCGGCCAAGACUGCAGUGAAGGCUCGAGUGCUGCCUGCAGACGUCGUCCUGAAGUUCAGAGACCUCAUCGGCAAGCUGGAGAAAGACGUGGAAGCUGUUGUGAAGCUGGAGAGGGAAGAAAGGGAGCUGGCUGCCUCCGAGGCCAAGUUAAGCGUGGCACAGAAGCGCCUGGAUGGCUCCGCCCCCAGUGAUACUCCGAGAGUUUGGUUUCAAACGCCACAGGAAAGAAAACAGAACCGCAUGUCGAAGGCGCUGCAAGAGUUUGACUUGGCUCUGCGAGGGAAGAAGAAGCGGGCCAAGUUUCUAAAGGACGGCAAGAAGAAAGAAAUGACGUCUGAGGACCGCGCUCAGUUCGAGAUCCUGAAGGCUCAGAUGUUCGCAGAGCGAGCCGCCAAGAGGGAGCGACGGCCGAAGAGAGCGAGAGUGUUGGCUGAGGAGGAGGCGCCCUCUAAAGCCAAUCAGAAAGCAAGAAAAGGAGGGCGCAAGUCAGCGUUUGACCAAGAGCUCACAAAUGUCAGCAACAAAGCUCUCAAACAUUACAGAGCUGGGCCGUCCUUCGCCGACAGGAAGCGCCUGGGUUUGAACAAGAAGCGUUCCGGCGGAUCUAGGUUCAAGAGGAAAUGAGUCGGGUCCAAAAUGGCGGCGGUGGGAAUUGGCUGUGUAUUGUAAAUCCUCCUUGUUCUUCAAAGUUUUAAAUAAAGGUUAAACUAAUGUUACAAA